AUGGGCCGUGUGUUCUGCCGACUGCUUAACCUGGUGCUAUGUUGGUGGCUCUUUGGUUCCACAAACGCUGGUCGUGACGAUAACGAGACGAGGCCUGGUAUCUUUACACCACCAACCAGCAAAGCGCCACCAGCACAGGCCAGGGCACAGUACGAGGCUGAGUUGGAGCACCUGAUUACUCAGGAUGCAGAUGUCGCUGCCCUCUUUCCUCCUCAAGAUAUGGUGCAGCCGAUGGAGCAGGAGGAUGGUCCACCGAACAACCAGCUCCUUGCACUCGAGGGCUCCUCAUCGGCUUCGGCGACAAUGGCCACCCUGGAUGCUCCUGCCCACAUGGGAACUGACUCUGCCGCUGCCACUGGGGACGCCUUGGCCGUGUCUAUCGCCAGUGAAGAUGUGCAAGUGGUAACCCAGGACAUGCUGCGUCAGCUUCAAGAAACGGGCACAGUGGAGCAACAGGCUGGAUUGGCAGGCCCGCGCCCAGGUCUACUUUCAUGUGAAGACACGGGCGAAUGGCACUUCCUCAAUCUGUAUGGUGGUCUGACAGCACUGGUGUAUGGAGGCACCACGCCUCCGGAGGUCCCCUCUGCGCGCUCUGACAGUGAACAAGCUACGCUCACUGAAGAUCAAGCGGGCGCACCCACCACCCUGACCGAAUUGCAGGAGACGGUCCCCAAGCGAAGACGUCUGCCACGCCCAUUGCACCUACGACCCGGAGGCAGGAUCCUUGCUCCACACAGCCAGACAUACCAUAUAAACCAGCGGCUGAUCAAUCGGUGGCAGGACACCCACCGGCACAACCUGCAGCACACCGGGCAGCUGCAGAAUAGGUCCAACAGGAACAUCGUGGGCGUUUGCGGCCACCGCACCCCAGGGUAUGCGGACACCGCACCACAGGCAGGAAACCAGCGCUAUGCUUUCGCUUUCACCCGCAUUUAA